AUGGUCUGGGCUCAGGAAUGUGUAAUUUUUCCCCCUCCUAUUAUAACUGCAAACACUAUGGGAAUGAGGAAGCUUCAAAAGAUGGUGCAUGACAUCAAGAAAAAUGAAAAUGGGAUAAUAAACAAGUUCAAAAAGUUCCAAAAUGAACAAGUGGCCUUAAUUUGCAAAACUGGGAAAGAUACUUGGGAUCGGCUAAAAAAAAGGCCUCCACCGAGUCUACCACAGAGGGAUUAUGCUUCAGAACAUGCAGACAAUGAAGAGGAACAAUGGUCAGAUGAUUUUGACAGUGAUUAUGAAAAUCCAGAUGACCACUCUGACUCUGAGAUGUAUGUGGUCCCCAGUGAAGAGAAUCCUGACGACAGCUAUGAGCCGCCUCCAAGUGAGCAGGAGAAAAAGAAGAUUCCUUCCGCAUUCCCUAUUACUAAGGGUGAAUAUGCAGACAAUCGCACCAGUCACCAGCAGCUUCCUCCCAUCAACAAACCUUUCCCAAGUACUCCCAGUCCAGCCAUGUCCAGACCAAAGAAGCCAUCCAUGCCAUCUCUACCUUUGUCGUCUCCUGCUGCAAAACCAAAAGUACCACUGAAGCCUAAGGAGUGUAGUGAUGAUGAGGAUAAUUACAUUGUGCCAGUGGACAAUGACAACGAUAACUAUAUUGAACCUACAGAAAGCAGUGUGUCACUACCUACAAGAUCUCCUGUGAGCAGAUUUAUGAAGACAGCAAAGUCAGCUCCCCCUACUUCUCCAAAGCCUUCUCUUACUUCUGAUAUGCAAGAAGUCUAUGAGGUUCCUGAAGAAGAGGAAAAACCAUCACCACCACCAGUAACCAGAUUCACUAAGCCACUUCUGUCUAUGCCUACUCAGAACACAGAGCACUCCCACAAGCACAGCAUGACUAGAGAGUCACCUAAGCUGGAUACCUCCAGAAAUAUUUUACCUCUUCCAAGAAAUCGUCUUCAUCCAAAAGCAGACCUUGAAGCAAACAGUAAAGAUGAAAAUCGUAGCUUCAAUAACACACAAGAAUCCAGACUUCCCACUGGAGCAGCUCCAUCUCCGUUACCAAGGGGCCUAAAGAAAACUUCUAAUGCAGUAAAUUCACCAAAACCAUGUUUACCUUCCAGAGAGACCUUAACUUCAAAUGAAGAAAAACCUACAGCAGCAGAACGGCGACGAGGUUCCAGCCAAGAGCUUCCGCUUCCACCCCUUCCAAGUGGUGCCCAAAAGCCUUUGCUCCCAAAGACUUCAAUUCUGCCAAGGCCUUGUGUUCUGUGGAGUCAGACAAAAAGGCAUGUAGAUCCUCAGGUCAUUUUUUCCACUUUAAAAGUGCCAGAAGCUGCAAACCGUUCUCCGAGUACUUCCCCUCACAGCAACGUUUCAUCUAUUUCAAGUACUGCAGACCAGGAUGCAGGUGUUCAGAGUAAAGCAUGGUAUGCUGCUACCUGUGAUAGGAAAACAGCAGAAGAUGCGUUGUACCGAUCAAACAAGGAUGGAUCUUUUCUAGUAAGAAAGAGUUCUGGACAGGAUUCACGGCAACCAUACACACUGGUUGUGUUUUACAACAGAAGAGUAUACAACAUUCCUAUACGAUUUAUUGAGUCAACAAGACAAUAUGCACUGGGCAGAGAAAAAAGUGGUGAAGAGCGCUUUGACAGUGUUGCUGAAAUAGUAGAGAAUCAUCAGCACACCUCCCUGGUUCUAAUUGACAGCCACAACAAUACAAAAGACUCGACGAAACUGAAACACAUUGUAAGAGUUUCUUAAUCAAACCAAACUGCUAAAAUGAAGACUUUUUAAAAUAAUUUCUUCCAGCAUACCAAAACACAUGGAUCAGGUAUUAAAAGAAAAUCCAAAAUUAUGGAAAAUACUCUUUAAAAAGAGCACCUAGUAAGAGAUGCAGUUCAGAAAAG